UGCUGUUAUACGACAUAGACAAUUUUGUUCGAAUAUCGAACAGGGAAUGCAUCCAAAAAUUACAUUGCAAGUAAACAAAAUCUGUUGAAAAGGGAAUAGGCCUAGCCUAGGCCUAGCAAGUAGUUUUCGAUAUAUUGUUGCUGAUUUACUCAACGUUUACAAUAAGGCGUGCUAAAGCCAAGAAAUGGCCAAGUUAAUAGCAGUGUGUGCAAAAUCCGCCAAAGAUAAACCUCACAAGUUUGAGGAGCGGCAGGUGCCUUUGGAAGUCGAAGAUAAUCUCAAGAUGGUGAUGCAGCUACCAACCAUAGAAAAAGUGCACUGCAGGCACAACUCAGAGUACAUGAAAGACAAGAAAUUUCAUGCAGCUGUUGAUUUCUUUGCAAAGAAAAUGGCUUUAUUAUCACGAGAUGAACUUGCAGCAGCAUUGCUGAUUCCAAGUAAGGAAUUGCUUGGGUCAAUGGUUAUGGAAAACAUUACAUGCGUAGGCUGUAGAAGGAGCAUUGAACAGAUGUUCAAACGUUUGACAGACCAGAGUUUAGUGAAUGCGCUGGAACCACUGGUAAUCACUGCCAGGUCUGAACUCUCUCUCAAGCCAGAAUUUCUAUACUCUCCAUGGAAUAUGCAUACAUUAUUUAAUGUUCAGGGAUGCAAACUAACAGGGAUUUUGGAUGCUUUACCUCGUGGAAAAAAGGGCAGUAAACGAUGUGCACUUCACUCUCUAGAUUCUCACAAGUCUAAACCUAAUGGAAAUUGGAUUGAAGUUUGGGAAGCACUCGAGGCACCAUGCAGGGAUGAAGUUACUUUAGUACCCGCAACUGCCCUACAGGUUACUAUGGAAACGUAUCUCAGAAAACACAGGUUUUGCACAGAAUGCAAAUCCAAGGUGAUGCGAGCAUAUAAUAUAUUAAUAGGCGAGAUUGAACCAACUAAAGAGAAAGGCUACUGUGCCCACCUGUACGAUGGUCUUCGUUGCUGCACUCGCCAGAAACAUAUUCAUCUUCUUAGCGAGACCAACUUCAUCCACAAACUGAUCAUGCGAGCAGAGCCUGAGCUCUCUGGAGCUCGUGAACGACAUGCAAAAACAAUUGAUGUCGCACAAGAGGAAGUUUUGACCUGUCUUGGCCUGCACAUCUACGAUAGGCUGCAUCGAAUUGGGCAAAAGCUGCGUGCCGAGGAACAGACGUGCCAUCUCCUGUUCCAUCUCGGAGUGGAGAGGCUGCGAAAAGCAUUUGAGGUAACGGUUGAAUCAAAGAGGGGUAUGAGUAUGCUGGAGCAAGUGUGCGAGGAAAUUGAUGAAGCAGAUAAACUUAAGCAACAAAAGAAAGAAAUGAAAAAACUGCGUCGGAAGGCGAAGAAAAAAGGAAAGGGUGGAACAUUGCCCUUGGACGUGUCACCGGAAAAUGAAUGCAAAUGUGAUGUAGAUAAAGUAGAGAAGGAUGACGAAGAAGACAGGACUGAAUGUCAUCACCAUGCCACGGAUUUAUGCAAGGUGCUUUGUUGUCAAGAGGAAAGCGAUGUUAAUGAGAAUGAGGUUCCCUGUGGAACAUGUGGACAUGGAACGGGAGUUUGUCGGAAUGACUGUGGCUACUGUAGUUACAGUUCACCAGAGAAUUCAGAAGUGGCGUGUACAGAAGGAAUAUGUAACCAUGAUGACGACAAUGCAGGGUGUUUAGAAGAAUGUGAUCCUUGUAACCAUGACUGCUGUGUAGAUGAAAUUUGUCCUGAUUGUGACAUAAACUUAGAGGAUGAAAGCCAGUGUUGCCAAGGGUGUUACCAGGAGAGUACUUGUGGCAAGGAUGUUUCAGAGAUGAAGACUAUUCCAAGAAAUAAUGAUAAAAAUGCAGCAUUUACUUGUACACUUCAAGACAUGUUAGAUGAAGGAGACAAUGAUGAAUGCCGAGAAUUCAUAGCAGAAGAAGACAUCGCAAAAUUCAGAAAGGAGCACCAAUUCCUCCCACAAAUUCGCGAAGAACUCAGGGCCAAACUUAAAAGGCAGUUUGAGGAGAAAUUUGAACAUCAUGGUAAUGGAGGAGGGCGUCAUCGCUGUUGUCGUUCCCUAGACAAGUGCACAUCGCAAAUCAGUAAUAUUAUUCUUAAGUAAGCUAAAUAUGAAUCUCUUAUCAGAUGUUAGAAUCAAGUGGCAACAGAUUUAUUUCAAAUAAAAUCUACACUGUAAUUUACUGCUGAGCUCAAUAUAUUUUUUUGGAAGUCUAUACAUGGGGAUGAUACAGGUAUUUGUCAGAGAAGUCCUGAAAAUUAACUACAGUAGAAAUAAACAAAAUUUAAGCAUUGUAAAUCAUGUUUGUACUUUGCUUGAAAAGCCUUGGGAAUAUUGUAAUGGUUGCUCUAUCUUGAGUCAUUGGCUUACAUUUACAGUAAAUUGCACUAUUGAAUGCACCACACAUAUAGCCAAUCGUAGGAUACAGAAGACAGGAUGUUUAAUUACAACAGGCAUGCAAGCCCAAAAUGGAUUAUGACAGCACUGAGAGGGCUAUUUUGAAGAAUUUCCUUCUUAUUACUUGUUAACAUUUUUUGAUUGUUUAGUGAUAGGGCUGCACUGUUGUUUUAAAUUAUGAAUUGAAUUCUGGGAUUGAAAUAUCGGUAUAGACAUCUUUUGUCCAGAUUUUUACUACUGUAUCAAAGGUGACAUAGCUAAAGCUUUAAGCUCUCACAACACUAUCAAAUUUUCUUUGACAAAAAACUGUCAUAUGCUCAUCAUAUAUACUCAUGAUAUGCAUAUGUAUAGUCAUGAUGUGAUGUCAUCAUGACCAUAUUUAGGCGUGUCAUGUUUUGGUCAAAUAAAAUUUGAUAGUCUGGACAGGUCAUUUAGCCCAUAUUGAAUAGAGUGAAGGGAAAAAUUGGCAUAAUUUCUUAAAAGGGGGUUACCUAUGAGAACUAAAAGUCUGUUAUUGGGGCACCUAUGCCCUCUGGUGAGCUCCUGCAUUGAAGUAGCAAACCCCCCCCCCCAAUCCAUGGAGCUGAAGCAUUCUAGCAUAUGUACUGCAAGGGGAUGGUUUAAAAGAUGGGUUUAAAAGAAGCUGUCUACCGUAUCCUCUAGACAAGACUUUCUUUCAUACCUUGUUUAGCGAACCUGUUGCCCAUAAAUAAUGAUGAUUUUUCAAAUAAAAUAACAUUUUAUUUUUGGCCAAUUAUCCCACCCACCGCCACUAAAAAAUUUAAAUUUCAGGGGGAAAACGACUCCAAAAACAGAGAUAUGUAUAUUUCUUCCUAAUUAAAUCAAUUUAAAGUAUUUAAUCUUCCCAUUACUACACAGUUUACGUUCACCAAUGCAAUUUUAUUUUUAUUUUUUCCUCUGUCUGGAUGUUUUUGGCAAAAACAUUUGUUAACGAGUCUGCGAAACAAGGUAUAAAAAAGUCUUGCCCUAUCUAAGUUACGCGCCUGAAUAGUGUUGGCUGAGCCUGGAGAUCUAGAAAAUGUCAAGUUUAAUUAUAUAAAUUUACCUAAUCAUCGAUUUCCUCCUCAGUUUUUUCAUCUACACAUUCCAAAUUGCUUUUUAGUAGACAAAAUGGAAAUCCUUGAAUGGUUUCAUAUGUUAAGAAAAUGAAGGUGGGGAUGAAAGCUAUAUGAAUGAAAUUCAGAUAUUACAUGGCUAUUUAUGUGAUAGGCUCUGUUAAAACUCUACAUUUUGUCAGCAUUUCCAUUUUUCCCUAAUAAUCAAAUUGUCUGAAAAUGUUUGAGCCAGUUUUAAGAAGAUUAUAACAAAUAAUUAAUACCAAAUAUAAAAAAAAAAACUAACUGAAAAGAUCAUCAUAUUUUAAAUAGCUUGGCCUUUUUUUUGAAAUAUGCUUGGCUGAUAUCCAUUAAAUUAAAUAUUAAUUGCUUUUCAGAAAGUUCUCAUCAACUAAACAUUCUCUUGUGUAGAGUAUAAUAUAAAAAAAAAAUUUCAGUUUUAUUAACAAAGUAGGUUUCCCAGAGCUGUUCACAUAGAGUAUCGAUAAACAAAAUGGAAAUUUAAACAAUUUAUAUCGGAUCUAUAGGAACUACCGGUAUAUUGCAAAUUAUCAACAAAGGAUUUUUCCUGAUUUUCGUUUUACUAAGAUAUUUAUUGUUUUAUUUUUCUAUGGCUGCAUUUUACAGAAUGUUCAUAAUUAUGGAGUUGAACAAUUUGUGUGUAAUUUUUUUUUUAUUAUCUUCAGCAACUUUCACUUUUAAAAUAUGCCAACUAAUUAUGGCCAACUUUUAUCUUGGUAUCUCCUGUCAUUAACAAUAGCAGCCAUUAUGUAAUUCAGUACUGUACUGGACUGUAAUAUUUGAUAACGUACUGUAUUCACAUUUGAAUCUGGAACAUCAGUAAAACUUGGGGGUGGGGAUUGGGGCGGGUAGGCUAGGCUAGGCAUGAGCAGGGUGCAGAUAUUUGUCGCAUUCAAUUUGGUAGUGACGACAGAGCAUUAAACAGUAGAAAAUAUUUGCUGUACUUGAUUGGGUAAGACAAUUUGGGCAUUUUGUACAGAAUAAUUACAGAUCACUUCAACUACAGCUGAUGAAGUAUGAAUAAAUCAGGCAAUAAUUUUUUUUCUCUUCUAAAUUGAACUGAAUAAUUCCAUAGUAAUUUAUAUCUUGUGAUAUGCAAGUCUAAAGAAAGCUUCCAUUUUUAUUUAAUUUGAACUAUCUCAUGCCACAUUGAUUUAUUGUUUUUCAGAUUGAUGUGUAAUUACUGUAUUGAUAAAAUAAUAUAUUAUUACACCUUAUGUAAUUUUGGUGAAUAGAGAGUAUGUGAUGUGGGCUUUCAAAUUAUAUUGAAAACCUCAUGAAAUAAAGUGAUGUAUUUGAAAAUUA